AUGGGUAAAAGCGAUCUUGCCGUAUUAUUUUCAAUAGGUAUGUACCUCCUGUCGUCAAUAACAUCAGUUUUCGUAAAUAAAUAUGUGUUAAUGGAUGAUGUUAUUGAUACAGUUUUAUUAAUAUUGUUACAACACUUAUCAUGUUUACUUUUUUUAUUUUUAUUUAAAAAAUAUUUGACAAAAUUACAAAAUGAUAAUAAUACAGAAGGGGAAAAUUUUUCGUUAUAUGAAGGAAUAAAACAUAUGUGGUUAUUAAUAAUAUCAUUUAAUUUUACUUUAAUUUUGGGGAAUAUUUGUUUAAAAUAUACAAAUAUAUCAUCUUAUCAGCUAGCUAGAUCUAUGACACUACCAUUUAAUUUUUUUUUUUCUUAUUUUUAUUUUAAACAAAUUAAAUUUAAUAUCUUAAUGAUAUGUUCAUGCAUUCUUGUUUCCAUCGGAUUUUUCAUUUUCUCAAUAGACGCCGUAAACACCAACUACAGAUCCGUCUUAUAUGGCACAACUGUUUCCAUAAUACAAGCCAUACACCUCAACUUAUUAAAACAAAAAUUACUGAUAUACAAAAAUAAAAUGAUUAUGCUACGUUACAACUUGAUAUAUUCAUCUAUCAUUUUGUUCAUUUACCUGACCAUAACAAGAGACAUUUUUGCUGUGUUUAAUCUGAACUACCGAGCUGCCUUUUUUCUCUUCCUAUCUUGUGUAUCAGCAAUAUGCGUAACGUUUUCCUCCUUUUUGUGUAUUUAUUAUACGGACAAUGUUGUUUAUAAUAUGUUCGGGAACGUUAAAUCCACCAUGCAAACAUUUCUAAGCAAAUAUUAUAACUCGGAGCACUUGAACUUAUAUACUAUGAUAGGAAUAAUAUUCACUACACUAGGAUCUUUUAUAUAUACAUAUUCUUGCGAGUACACCAAAAAAAAAAAAAAAGAAUUAAAAAAAAAAAAAAAAUCUACAUAA